AUUGCAAACGAAUCAGGAUUGGAAUUCUGUCACGUUGUUGGUUUGAAUAUUCUCUAUGAUGUUACAAAUUUCAAUGAGUUCAUAGUAGCUACUCCUCCGAUGGCAUGUUCGUCAAUAGUUACUGAGGAUUCGAAGGGAGCCAUUUUACAUGGACGUAAUUUGGACUAUAUGAUGCAAGGUUUAAUGAAGAAUAUUUCGAUCCUUGUUGAUUUCACGCAGAAUCAUAAGGUGGUGUAUUCAUCGGUGACAUUCGCAUUCUUUGCUGGCAUAACCACUGGUCAACGACCGAAUGCGUUCACACUGAGUCUGAACGCUAGAAGUGUUUAUUGUAAAACCGAACCGCCGUUUAUUUUCGCAUUGAAAACAUCAUGA